AUGACUGUCAACUACAGCUUUCUCACCGCUUUACACGUCGACGCAGGAAACCAGCCGGAUAUGUACUCGCUUGCGUUCUGUCUUGCAGACUACGAAGGCGGCCGUUUGUUUAUCGCAGCCGACGGCGCUGAUGGAUACCCGUCCCCGAGAAGGUCAGACGGAAGUCUAGCAGUGGGCGAGCCAGGCUCUUUCCAGGAUGCAAAAAGCGGCAAAGCGGUGAAAGGUAACUAUUACUGCACGAAGGCGAAAAUACAGGAUGAAGGGCUUGCGGGCGCGCUCUUCUUUUCAGGAAGGGUUCAGCACGCUACAGAGGCAUUCAAAGGUGAGCGGAUUUGCGUUCUUUGGUAUACUCAUUCCGGAGUCUACAAGAUACCCAGAUUAGAAGCGCCUGCGAAGCUGCAAGACCAGCGUCUCGAGUUG